UGAUAAAACACAAGACAAUAGGCCCCCCAUCAGUAGCUGAGUGUUUGGACGUGACAGAAACAUGUGGUUGAAACCUCUGCUUGUCGUGGCGCUAGCUGGAAUAUACGCCCAGGCCAAAGAAGAAGGAAACGGGCAGAACUAUGGGAAAGUGGAGGAGGAAACCAGAUGGAGUUCCAAAGUUGUUGAUUCGCCCGAUGCGUUUAAAGUGCGACUGAGCCUGAAAGCUGCAAUGGGAGACGAGGCUUAUGCCUGGAAUGAGAAUGAAUUGUACCUGUUUAAGGCGACCACGGCUUAUUCUAUGCGCCAGUACUAUGUCGCGGAGAAGGGACAACAGGUGAACUUCACGUCGGGAAAUGUUGUGACAUCCAAAGAGACUCAGAGGAUCUCCUUUAUUUUCUAUGUCACUGAUCCCCGUGCUCCGGCAACCAUCAUCCCCAAAGCAGAGGUGGAGGCAGCCGUUCGGCUGUCAAGGGGCCGCAUCAAUAGCGCCUUCCUGCUCAGCGACGACACGCUGGAGUUUGUGGGCCUGCUGGCCACGCUGCCCCCGCCGUCGGAGCCCGGCGUGCAGGUGUGGCUGAUCGUCUUCGGGGUGGUCAUGAGCCUCGUGGCGGGCAUGGGAGUCUUUCUCAUCGUCAGCGGGUUCCGGGAUAGGAAAAGAAAAUCAAAACUGGACGAUGAUGAAGAAAAACCUGUUGAAGAAACUGAGAAUGAAGGGGAGACUAAUUUAGGUCUUGAGGAAGAUGAUGACGGAAGGACAAAACUCUAAGUAAACGUUUUGGAAAACAUGUAACUAUAAUGUCUUAUAAAACACAGAAAUACCAGAGAAUAUAACAAAUGUGAAAGAAAUGUGCUAUUUUGUGAAUAGUGAAAUAUCAGGAUAAGUACUUUGAGAGCUGUGUUUUUUGAGAGCUUAGUUUCAUAUGUUUUGAUCCAUAUGGUGGAUUACUAAUUCAGUGUGUUGACAUUUUUAGUUUUGUGCAUUAUAAUUUCAUAGAAUGUCAGCAAAGCUGUUUUCAAAUCUUUGUAAAAUGCAAUAAGAAUUCUUUUUGUAGUCACAAUGUAUUUAGUUACAUUUAUUAAGAUUCACAUUAAAGUGAAAAUUCCCUCUGUC